AUGCCCCCUCGGGGCGUCUGCAUCGGAGCCCGCUUCCCCCUCUCCUCUCCUCUCCUCUCCUCUCCAAGUCCCAAAGCGUCCGCAGUUGGAGGUGCCACUCCAAAAAGUGGAGUCCUGGGGCAGCACGCCCCGCCGUCCUCAUUCAGUUUCUUGAGGAGCAGAAACGAAAUCCCAGCUGGCAGGCAAAACACGGAACCACGAAACGAAAACCCCUGCCGUGGUCUUAAAAAACAGGGUUCUCCAGUCACGAUAGCCACGAAGGCGAAUCCUUGGGAAGGCAAAACGCUGAAGGCUGAGAGUGUCCGGUCGCAGCUGGAGGAGUCUCUUCAGCGGCUGCGGCUGCAGAGCGUGGAGCUCUUCUACCUCCAUGCCCCGGACCACGAGACACCCGUGGAAGAGACGCUGCGGGCCUGCAACGAGCUUCACCAAGAGGGGAAGUUUAAAGAGCUCGGCUUGUCCAACUACGCAUCUUGGGAAGUGGCGGAAAUCUGCACCCUUUGCAAGAGCAACCAGUGGCUGCUGCCGACGGUGUACCAGGGCAUGUAUAACGCCACGACGCGCCAGGUGGAAAAGGAAUUGCUCCCCUGUCUGAGACACUUUGGAAUGAGCUUCUACGCUUACAAUCCUCUGGCCGGGGGGCUCCUGACAGGGAAGUACAAGUACGAAGAUAAAGAUUUAAGUCAGCCACCAACUGGCAGGUUUUUCGGGAACGACUGGGCCAAAAUCUACCGGGACAGGUACUGGAAGCAGCACCAUUUUGAGGGAGUAUCCUUGAUCCAAAACGCUCUCCGUGAGGCGUAUGGCUCGAACCCUCCCACUCUGACCUCGGCUGCCCUGCGCUGGGUCUACCAUCACUCAGAGCUGCAGGGUAAGUACGGGGACGCUGUGAUCAUUGGAAUGUCCAACAUGGACCAGCUGCAGGAGAAUCUCCGGUCCAGCGAGGAGGGGCCUCUCGUCCCGGACGUGGUGGCGGCCUUUGAAAAGGCCUGGCACCUCACAGCCCACGACUGCCCCAAUUACUUCCGCUGAAGGCGUCCCCUUGGGGUAGAUGGGUCUACUUUCUUGGGUAACCAGUUGACUGGAAUUAAAUGGAGCUCUCUGCAGACACGA